CAUGCAUGUGAUACCACCACCAGCACACAGAAGGGAAGCAGAAAGUGUUUUCACUGGUUCUAAAAUGGACGAGGACAUCCUAGAGAAUAUAGUGCUGCUUACCAUAGUAACUCUGCUGAGUGCGCUGCAAAAUCUAUUCUUUGCUCAGAAAGUGGAACAAGAAGGCAAAACUCACACUUCAAGAAGUUUCCUGAGACCAGGAACCCCUGCGUUUGAGCGUGUCUACUGUGCAAACCAAAACUGCAUGGAUGCUUAUCCAACCUUCAUUGCUGUCCUUUGGAGUGCUGGGAUAUUCUGCAGUCAAGCCCCUGCAGCCUUUUCUGGGUUGAUGUACCUGUUUGUGAGGCAAAAAUACUUCGUUGGCUACAUGGGCGAGACAUCUCAAAGUACCCCAGGUUACAUUUUUGGCAAGCGCAUAAUUUGCUUCCUGUUUCUCAUGUCUGUCGUUGGAAUUGCCAACUACUUCCUCAUCGACUAUUUUGGAAGUGACGUCAAGCAGUACAUUCAAACUCUGGCCAAGGCAUCAUCAGCACUGCUGCUCAUCCCCUAAGAAAACCCGUUAAUCAUGACAAAAAUGAUUACCUGCAAUUGAAUCCAACACAGUGUAUAGGUUUCUAAAUGCAUUUUUGAAAGCACGUUUGUAUUUUUUAAAUGAUUUCUGGUACCAACUUUCAUGCAGUCUUUUGCUAUUUCACUUCCUAGGUUAUUUUCCCUGUAUUUUUGAGGUUUCUGCAUGUUGCUGGCUGCAGAUCACGUCUACCAAUGUGGAAAGCAGCUGGUUGACAGGAAAGAAGAUGAUCAAGGAGGAAAUGUAAGACUAUCUGAAAGUAGGGCUUACAAACAGAGAUUUACUUAACCUAGUACAGUACCAGAUUCAUUAAAAAAAAGAAUGUUUCUUUUAAAAUUGCACAGAUAUUUCAAGUGUAUGAUGGGUAAGAUUUAUAGAUUUAUUUUGUCAACUACAACGCCUUUAAUCAUGUGUCCAAGUAAACUUUUAAGUUUGUUCUGCAGUAAAAGUUAUAUUACAAAGUCUUGAAGCAAUGUCAUUUAUCAUGCUGUUAAUGCGGCCAAUAAAAUUAACCUGGCUUUUUAUUUA